AAACAAACUCGACCAACGGCCCUUGUGCAAUGUGUUUUCCAGCUCUGGUUAGUAGCAGGAACGUAUGCUUCCUAUGAAUCAUUCACGUCCAUUCCGCUGGUCGGAGUUCAAUUUCCAACGCUUUCUGGCAGCGAUCCGAUGCCCACCUCACUGCUAUCGAUGGCGCCCAAGGUCCAAGAAUCUCAAGAGGCAGAAGCAUGUCCGUUCAAAUCCCGAAGUUACGUCUACGAUUAUACCAAGGUGACCGAGCUACCGAUUGCGCCCACCGACGAGAAUCCAUCCCGGGACGGGUUCACCAAGCAACGUUGUUAUCCAGGCUCGGACCCGGAAGCCGAAGAAUACUGCGUCUACGCGAACCCAUCCUUUGGAGGGGAUCGGGGGAUGGUACUCUACAUUCGCCCAUCCUACUUGCUACAAAAACUGGACUUGUUUACGGAAUUCAAGCCGGACUCGGCCUUGAUAACCGACAAAGAGAGGGCCGAGUUUCCGUUCAAGCUUGUCCACAUGCCCUCGAAAGGAGGGCUAGGAGCGGUUGCUGACCGCAAGAUCAACGUCGGUCAGCUGGUGAUUGUGGACUACUCAUUGGUGUAUCUUUCGGCCGAUAUCACGGAGAUCGACCUCAGCGAAUGGGCCCCAAGACUCAAGUACAUGGUCGAUCUGUUGCCCCUCAAGGGACGCGAGUUGUUCGCUAAACAACACGGCGUGGGCGAGAUCGAUACGGCCUGGAUCGUCUCUGCAUUCCAGCGCAACGUCUUUGCAGCUCCCCAGGACAAUGACAGUCAAGGUGGCUGUGCCUUCGCUCCCGAACCAGCUGUGAGCUUCCUUUUUUUUGGUGGUGGUGGCAUUAAAGCUCAAGAUGAUUCCAAGCACUUCUUUACUGAUAUGCUUUCUCGCUCUUGCCUCAUGCUUUACAUGCAGUAUCUAAACCAUGAUUGUCGUCCCAAUGUUGGCUACAGAUUCAACAACGUUACUAUUCAAGUGGAGAUGCAUGCACUCAGGGAAAUCGCGCCCGGGGAGGAAUUGAGUAUUUCAUACAUCACCCUGGUCCAAUCGCGAGAGAAGCGACGGAAAUCGUUGCACGGGACCUAUGGAUUCCACUGUGGUUGUUCGCAGUGCUCGUUGUCGGAUGCCGAGAGCGAGGCUUCGGACCAACGAGUGGAGAAGAUCCGGGAGCUGUGGGAUGUGAUUUCUGACUGGGAUAGCAGUCCGCCUUCUACGCCGGCCAUGGCUGAUGAGAUCCUCGAGCUCUUCAAAGCGGAGCGGAUGGAUGUGGUGAUGGAAGAGCCUUACACGAUGGCGUCCCUGGUUUAUAACUCUUGGGGCUUGACUCACCAGGCCCGACAGUUCUCCGCAUUGGCGAUCUCCUAUGGAGUCUACACCCACGAGAAAACCUGGCUGGAAACCUCAUCCCAUUUGCCAUUGAUCUAUGAUCCCGAAAGUCACUGGUCAUACAACAUCGGUAAAAAAAUGGAUGCCGAAGUCCAGACAACCCAAACAGAUAUCGCUCAUUAUUUUCAUGUUGAACUGUGAGGCUUAUGUAUAAUCGGUUAUUCAUCCUAA